UUUCAUGGGAACAAAGAGACAGAAGAUGAGCGGGCUUGAACUUCCCUAGAAACCCCCAUGGAGCAGGAUGUGGAGAGCCCUGCCAUCAACAGACAGCCCAAGUUGCCAAAGCAGGCGCGUGAGGAUCUGCCCAAACAUCUGGCAGCGAUGGAGAGGACAAGGAAGGUCCAACGCUACGUCCAGAAGGACGGGAAGUGCAACGUCCACCACGGCAACGUGCGGGAGACGUACCGGUACCUGACGGACAUCUUCACCACGCUGGUGGACCUGAAGUGGAGGUUCAACCUCUUCAUCUUCGUGCUGGUGUACACCGUGACGUGGCUCUUCUUUGGCUUCAUGUGGUGGCUCAUUGCGUAUGUACGCGGCGACCUGGACCACAUAGCGGACAAUCAGUGGACUCCGUGUGUCAACAACCUCAACGGGUUCGUAUCGGCGUUCCUGUUCUCCAUCGAGACGGAGACCACCAUCGGUUACGGAUACAGGGUCAUCACGGACAAAUGCCCCGAGGGCAUCCUCCUGCUCUUGGUUCAGUCGGUGCUGGGGUCUAUCGUCAACGCCUUCAUGGUGGGCUGCAUGUUUGUGAAGAUCUCGCAGCCCAAGAAGCGAGCCGAGACACUGGUGUUCUCCACCAACGCCGUCAUCUCCAUGAGAGACGGGCGACUGUGCCUCAUGUUCCGGGUCGGAGAUCUGCGCAACUCGCACAUAGUGGAAGCGUCGAUCCGGGCCAAGCUCAUCAAGUCCAAGCAGACCAAGGAAGGGGAGUUCAUCCCUCUGAACCAGACGGACAUAAACGUGGGCUACAGCACAGGAGACGACAGACUCUUCCUGGUGUCGCCGCUCAUCAUCUGCCACGAGAUCAACCAGAACAGCCCCUUCUGGGAGAUCUCACAAGCUCACCUGGCCAAGGACGAGCUGGAAAUUGUGGUGAUUUUAGAGGGAAUGGUGGAGGCCACAGGAAUGACGUGCCAGGCGAGGAGUUCAUAUAUCAGCAGCGAGAUCAAGUGGGGCUACCGCUUCACGCCGGUGCUGACGCUGGAGGACGGCUUCUAUGAGGUCGACUACAACAGCUUCCACGACAUCUACGAGACGGACACGCCCGCCUGCAGCGCCAGAGAGCUCGCCGACAUGACCAACCGCGCACGCCUGCCCCUCACCUGGUCAAUGGCGAGUAAGCUGAGUCAGCAGGGACUGCCAGAGUCCGAGCAGGAGAGUCAGGAGACCAAGAGCAGCCCGGGGAAGCAGGGCCAGAACCAGCAGACGGAGAGGAACGGGGACAUCGCCAACAUUGAGAGUGAGUCCAAAGUCUAGAGGACGGACAGGAACACGUGAGAUUACUGGACUGCACUGGAAACUUCAGGUUUGCAGUCGCAACACGGGGACCAACGAGGACCAACGAGGACCAACAAGGACCAACGAGGACCAACGAGCACAAGAGACCAAGUAUUCUGCACCAUGAACCACUUUUUUCUCAGUGAUUCAUGCUCCGCCCCCCCGCCCCGCGAUGUGGUCCAUUCCAGCUGAACUGCAAACCUUUUUUUGCAGCAAGUGCAUGUUUCAAAUAAUAAUGUCAUGUCCUUCCUUCCUUCCUUCCUUCCUUCCUCCCCUGAUGAGAUUCCUCUUAUUUUUUUCUAUUCAAAUAUUCCUACGGGGCAUUUGCAUAAGUAUUUUUGUACAUAAACGAUAAACUGUUUUGUUUUCGUGUGAAUAUUUGAAAAAAUAUUUGAUACAAGUUCCUUUGGGUUAGCGCUGUAUUAUAUUCGAUGCCUUACCGUGUGUAUAAAGUUUGACCAUUUGUUUUUCAGGAACAUAUAUAAGCAUGUAUCGGUUCAUUUAUCUCGUAUUAUGUACAUUACUGUGUGACUGUACGAUGGAUGCAACGUCUACUUUAGACCAACGACCGACUCUUCCCAGAAUAAUAAUCCUGUACACGAUGACGUACGACGCUCUUGUUUCUCGAUGACUCCGGACAAUUGCCCUUUAAAAACUGCAUUUAGUCACGUUUUGCACAUCGGAGGCUUCGAAGUGGAGAAAGUUGUUCACGACGGCAGAAAAUCCCUCACGUCACCAAUCAGUGUCGAACAUGAAUAAACAGUGAAUUGCACAUUA